CGAUGACGUAUGACGUAGUUGGAGUGAUAGCAAGUGCACGUGCGUGCGCGCGCGAUAUUAAGCCUAAAUUAGUGUGAAGACAAAAAAGACAAUCAGAUUGACUGCAGGAUGAGUGACGUGGAGUUGGUGAAGAAGAUGCUGCGAGCUGUUCUUCAGAGCAGUAAGCACGGUGUGGCCAUGGCCCGUCUGCAGGGAGAUUACCGGGCUCUGACAGGAGAGGUGAUCCCUUACCGGCAGUUUGGACACGGCAAUCUAGAGAGUUUUUUGCGCAGCAUUCCCGGUGUGGUGCGGCUCGAUCGCUCCGGUGCUGGAGAGGUCAUGUGUUUUGCUGGUGUGUGUGAGGAGACUGCACACAUCGCACAGCUGGUUGCCCGGCAGAAGAAUGUAAAGAAGUCCGGCUGCUCUAAAUUACUGAACUUUCAAAUGAGAGCGAGGUCUUCAUCUCUGUUUUCACAUAACGUCAAACCUCGCUUGUCUUUACGGCAACCGGGCCACAUGACUCAUCCCGCUCGAAGCUCCGCAUCCAAGUCUAGUUUUUACCCUAACCAGCGGCAGAUUUACAGUACUGACCUCCCCUCCUCCCGAGUUCCUACUCGGCAGCUGAACAGGAAGUCUCCAGGGUUAGAGGGGAAAACAUUUGCUCCCAGCAAGGUAAAUACGGAGAUAAAGACUCAGCCUUAUAAGACCAGUGGGACACCAGCUCAGCAAAAGCCUGUAAACAGUGCUGAUGUUGAGGUGGUUCAGGGUCGAAUUAAACGGCUUUUGCAGAAGUACUGCAGUGGAGUCUGGCUGUCAAAAAUCCCUCAGCUUUAUAAGAAUAUGUUCCAGGAAGAGCUCUAUAUGCACAAAGAAGUGGAGACAUGGACGCACAUCUGCACUGUUGAAAAGCCAGGCAGCAAUAACAUAGUUGACCGUCUGGUGUAUCCUGUCGUGGAACCUGCCCCUAAACCAAGCACUGUGCCUGCUGUAGCUCCAUGCAAGCAGUCUCCUAACGCAAAACAGUCAACACCUGCCCAGCAAACUACCCGCAUCCUCAGAACUCUUGCCAUUAACAUUCCUCCUUCAGCCCAGAAAUCCCAGCCACCUUUGAGCCCAACAUCGCCCAAUUCCACCAAGCUGGAUUUCAAUCUCCCUGAAACGCCCAAAGCUCACCCUCACUCACCCAUCACCCCUCCUUCCACUCCACCUUCUCACCAGCCUCUAACUCCAGAGAUCAAGCAGAAGCUGCGGCAGCUGCUCAAUAAAUACAGCCACGGCUUGUGGGCUCAUGCACUUCCACAACUUUUCAAGGAGGCCUUUGGGUGCGUGUUUCCACAGCAUGUGCUGGAGGAUCUGUCUCUGUUGGCGGACACAUGUAUGAUUGAGUACCCCAUGCCAGAUAAUCGAAAGAGAGCCAUACUCUACGCACUACCAUGCCAGGUGCGGACACAGCCUCGUCCUCGCCCACCACCACUGGUUUUGCCCUACACUGGCAACCCACGUGUACCUCCUCUGAUGAUCCCAACAACAGAGUUCCUUUCCGUUUUGGUGAUGGAGGUCAGCAGCACAGACAAUAUUGUUCUCAGGUUUGUAGGGGAAGGCUACUCUAAAGCUCUGGAGGUGUUGGAGGAGGCCAUGCUACAAUUCUAUAAUACAGUUGGAGCUGGACUUUGUCUUCUCUCCCCAAAAAUUGGACAACUGGUGGCAGUUGCUAUAGAGGAAGAUGCAGUACUGAGAGCUCAGGUCCACCUGCUCACAGAGGACACUGUGAAGGUGUAUUGUGUGGAUCACGGGUUCUUUGAAGUGGUCAGCAGGAAGAAGAUACUACAGCUGAGGGAUCAGUUCCUGACUCUUCCCUUCCAGGCAACCACGUGCCAACUUGCAGGUUUGGAGUCGUUCAGUACAGAUGGGGUAGUUCUGACGACUCUGGAGUCAUUAGCUGUUGGCCGUACACUAGUGGUUGAGAUUUUGGAGCGAGAGGACACACCAGUUAUUGUGCUGUAUGACACUUCUGAGAACGAGGAUGUGAAUGUGAAUGCUGUAUGCUUGAAAGCCCUGCAGGAUAAGUCAAUGGAGAAUCCUCUACAGGUGAACAGUGUGUACACAAAAGUGUGCGUGACAAAUGUGUGCUCUGAUGGCAGUAUUUACUGUCAGUUGCCUUCCCGAGGUCAGGCCAAACUCAAAGACAUCAUGGACAAGAUUGAAGCACACUUCAUCUCUCAGUUAACAUGGGAGCUGUUGGUGUCCAAACCGUUCUGCGGGAAAGUGUGUCUAGCUAAAUACAAAGGCAAAUGGGCGAGAGCAGAGAUCAUUAACCUUCAUGGCAGUCAAGUGUUGGACAUUCUGUUUUUGGAUCUGGGAUUUCCUGCUUCUCUGGAGGUUAGCGAGCUCAGAGAGAUCCCGCCAAUCUACCUCAAAGAGCUCAUCACCAUACCACCUCAGGCUAUAAAGUGUAUUCUGGAGGAACUGAAUGCAGAUGGGAGUGUUUGGCCUCCUGAAGCUGUUCUGUGGUUGAGAGAGACAGUCCUCAACAAAGUCCCCAGUUGCAUGAAGAUAGUGAAGCUUGAUGAGACCAGGACUGUGCAUAUCUACCUCUUCGCUGGUAAUGGAGCCCAGGACCUUCAGAGCAGUGUUAACCAUCAGCUUGCCUCUUGUUCAUUCUGGCAGCGGGAUAUCCACUUCAGCAAGAUCAUCAGGGUUUCCGAUCCUAUCCUUCCCGAGGCAGGGGACAGCCCCUGUAAAGCUCCUGCACAGUCCAAUGCCCUCACACUGCCCCCUCAGCUGGACUUACCAGUGGCUGGGCAAAACAUGGAUGUGUUUGUGUCGGUUGCAUGCCACCCCGGGCACUUUGUGCUGCAGCCGUGGCAGGAUCUGUACAAGCUGGUGGUGCUGAUGGGAGAAAUGAUCCUGUUCUACAACAAACAGGAAGUAACCCAAAUCAACAUCCAGAAGAAUAACGUCUACGCUGCCAAGAUCGACAACAAUUGGCAUCGUGUUUUGGUAAAGGGCGUCUUAGCCAAUGGCUUGGUCUCUGUGUACGAGUUGGAUUAUGGGAAGUACGAGUUGAUCAACUAUUUCCAGCUCCAGCCACUCAUUGAUGAGUUCAGACAGCUGCCAUUCCAGGGAAUUUCUGCUCAGCUGGCUGGUGUCAAGCAAGUGGUCUGGGCUGAGGAAGCUUCUAUGGUGUUCCGGAACCAUGUUGAGAAGAAGCCGCUGGUGGCUCAGAUCGAGUCUGUUGAGGAGGGGGAAUGGCCCUGGGAGCGCAAAAUCUCUGUCUACCUAGUGGACACCACACUGGAGGACAAUGACAUCUGGAUCCACAACAUUAUGGUGGAGUUUUUAGAUGAGAUCAACAGAGAAGCUUGAGACUGUCACAACUUCCCUUUCUUAGAACCGUGCUGAAACUAUGAGCCUGAAGAAAUUUAAGAGCAUUGACUCUAGAUGUGUUUGGCCAGUCAUUUUAUUCUUGCAUGGUCUAGAAUUGUUUCAGUUAUCGUUCUGAGUGUCAUGGAAAAGGUUUACCUGUUUUUGCUGUUAUGAUAAAUAAUACUACUAAUAAUAUGCCAUUCCCAAAAUUAACUCGUUAAUACCUGAACAACCUUACUUUCUGUGUCUUUACAAUAGGGCCGUUUGUCUAAUAAUUUGAUUUUCAUGUGUGUAUUGUGUGAGACCCCACUGCUUGUAUUGUUGAUACUCUUAUUGAUUUUUGCACUGGUUUGUUUGCAAUCUUAUUGUGUGUUUUCUAAUCAGAAAAUGGCCUACUUGUAAAAGAACAUUUGUGUUCACAGGCUCAGGUUUGUUUUAUUUCUAAGUUAACAUUUGGUUCAUCGAAUUAAAAAGACAAGAU